AUGAGUCGAAGAUAAAAUGUGAAUGAAGAAAACUUGAAUUGGAUUCUUAAGUAUCCUAAUGAAUUUUCACAAGAGGAUUUUGAAUCUUAACAUAUGCAUAUACUAAAGUAAGAACAAUUUGGGUAAUUAAAAGAAUCAGAUGAAAUUUUGAAUGCAUAACUUUAUACAUUUUGGAAUGGAACAUUAGAAUCUAGUAAAUUUAUAUUAAUGCCAAAUUUAUUAAUAAAGGUAACAAUUAAAAAUACAAUGUUAUAAAUACCAUAAUCUCAAUUUAAUCAAAGUGGAGCUACCUAUUAUUUAUCUUUAUCAGAGUGUACAAUUACUUAGAAAAUGAUCUAACACAGAUCAUAAUAAGCUUUUGGCAUGCUCUUAACAAAUUCAAUAGGCACUACUUAUUUAUUCUUUUCCAAUUUUGUAACCUUCCGUACUUGGUAUAAAUAAAUGAAAUAAUUUUGUAAACUCACAGGUUUCUUAGACAAAUAUAAAUUGGGUGAUAAAUUGCUACCUGGAUUUUAUACAUGUACAAAGAAAAAUAAGAAAACUUAAUAUACUGUUUAGAUAUAUAAAAGUGAUGAUUUCGAAUAAUGUUAAGAAUUGGAAGAUGCUGUUUAUAAUGAAAUAUAAAUAUUGAGAAGUAUUAAACAUUAAUCUUUACUUGAAUUAAAAAGAGUAUAUGAGAAUAAUAAGUAUCUAUUUAUAGUAUAUGAAUACUAUAAAGGAGAAACUCUCUUUAAUUUAUUAAAUUCUAAUCUCUAAAUACAUGAAGUAUAAAUAGCAUCUGUAAUAUUUUCAAUAUUAAUAUUAGAUUAUAUAUUAAAUACUUUAAGUUGUUAAAUUUCUCAAUUAACAUUAAUUUUAUCAUGGUAGCAUUAAUCCAUAGAAUAUAUUAAUCAAUACUUAACAUUAAAUGUUAUAAAUAACACUUAUAAAUUUGUCAUUCAAAGAAUACAAGGUUAAUGAUAAAUUAGAUUGGAUUUUAAAUAGAGCAGUAGAGUCUUUCUUAGCACCUGAAGUUUUUGAAGGAAUUGCACCAAACAUAUCUACUGAUAUAUAUGCAUUAGGAUGUGUAUUAUAUUUUAUGACUUAUUAUGAUUCAAAAAAAUAUGAAGUAUUAUAAACAAAAUAAACUUUUAGAUUAAAAAUGAAGAUAAAGAUUUUUAUACUGUUAUGGACAAUUUUGAGAUUUAAAAAAAUCGUAUUGAUGAAAGUGAAUAAUAAUUAAAAGUUGGUUUUUAAUAAAAUCAAUAGAAAAGUAAAGUUAGUUCUUCAUAAUUGGAUCUAUUAAGAAAAAUGUUAGAUAUUGAUGCAAGUAAGUUUUUUAUAAUAUGAGAUAAAAGAUUGACAAUAAAAGAAGCAACUAAACAUCAUUGGUUUGUGAAUGUAAAAAGUAAAAUUAAAUCAUUAAAAGUGGAAAGAAAAAGAAAAAAACCACUUCCAAGUUUAAGAACUAUUAUUGAAUUAAGAGAAAUGAGUGAAAUGGAUGUAAGAAUGACAAUAAUUUAACAAUAAUAAAGUGGAUUGAAUGCAUUAAAUAAUAUGAAUUCUAAAUUAUAAUUAACUCCAUCCAAUACAAAAAGAACAUUAAUUUAUACUUAAUAACCUUCUAAACUCAAUUAAUAUGUGGUUAAAAAUGAAUUUGAUGAUGAUUAUGAAAGUAAAAAUUUCAAUUUUUAACAUUCAGUUCCUGAUGAAGAAUUAUAUUUGGAAGUUCCAGUGAUUAAUCGUAAAAGGGAACCUAAAAAAAGACCAUCUAAUAUUAAAUUGCUCUGA